AUGAUGCGCCCAAGGCCCGCGUCUUCCAUGCAGAAGACAUACGACGAGUGCUAUCUCGCAUGCUCCACCGCGGUAUACUUUGAGGGCCAGAACAAUGAAGAGGAAGCAUUGCGGUCCUGGCGAUCAGCCCUCGAGACCAUUUACCACCACAAUGCCCGCCGCGUACCGUCAAAUUAUACUCCGAAAUCCGAAACCGAGAAAGCCCUGCAGGACUCCAUCCGGGCGCUGGAGGUUCAAUGCCGAGAGCGGGUCGAUCUCCUAGGUGCUCUCCGCGCAAGCAGGAAAGAAUCCGCAGAGGCAAUUGGCCAUAAAGAGAGCGCUACGCUCACCAAAGGCAGACCUGUCCCAAGCAUACCGCCGCCAUCACCAUCAUCUAACCUUCCCGGCUGGAUCGGAGAUGGAACUAUCCCUGCCGUGGGCUACACCGACCUUUCCAAACCGGCCGCCAUACCAGGCCGCCCUGCCCUGCCAACGAGACACAGUUAUGAACCAUCGCCAUUCUUCGACGAUGCCGGUCCAGCGACUCUAUCAGCGGCUGGUACGCCUGCACUGCGUGUGGACUCGAAUUCUUCGGAAAAGACCAAGUCGCGUGGCUCCAGUCCUGAACGCCGGAAACCAAUGUUGACAACUUUGCGCAAUACCGAUGGUAAGAAAAAUGGCAAGAAAGUCAAGCUUGCAUCGAAGAAAAAGGACUCAAGGCAUGCCGCCUCCAAGGCAGCCGGCCUGGCCUGGGGUAGCAUAUACCGUUCUGCGUCGAGUGAAAAGCCUGUGAGCGAAGCAGCUCUCGUAUCGUCCCGUUACAGCGCCGCCAAUGACCCCAGCUUCCGGCGAGAGCCAGAACCACGGUCUAGCUCUGGGGAUGAGCCUCUUCAGGCGAGAAUCCGUACAUCCCGAGAUUCGGCUGGGGACCGGAUCCCUGCUGCCCAUUGGCGAGAACCUGUUCGUUCAUCUCCGAGUAGGUCCUCGCCAAAACCGCCUACUCAACCACCGCCGCCGCCUCGUGGACUUCGACCUCCGCCCGACAGCCCCAAAAUACGAAUUCCAUCUCCCCCAAUAGCCAUGCCGAACCCAGCCGAUUUUACCACACCACCGAAACCAUCCGUCAAACCAAAGCCUGUGGCCUUGCGGUCUUCCCGUCAGCCUUCAAGGCAGCCGUCAAGCCAACCAUCAAGUCAUCCAACAAGCCAUCCAAUGCAAACUACCAAGUCCGAGCAUAUCUCCCGGACGGUGACACCUCGGCUUGAUCUCGAACCAAAGUCUCCGAUUGAUAAGCCCCGAACAAAAUCAGCGCCUAGAAUCACCCAAGUUGCCGAUACGGCCCGUGCUUCUCCCUCACCUGGUAGUGCCGAUGACCUCCACCACGGUGUCGAUCGGCUGGCUAUCUCCCCAAGGAAUGGGGAUAGCGCAACCCGCCGCAAACCCCCGCCAGUCAAACGACAGGAGACACCACCGUCCAGUGACCAAGAGUCUUCGGAUCAGCGGACAAUAGGCAGUGAUGCAGAAGAUGAGGAUGAGGAAGAUGACAGUGAAAUCUCGAGGGUCAUGGAAAAGUUGCCCAAGGGUGUAGAUCCCCAGUCAGCAAGACAGAUCCUGAACGAUAUCGUAGUCCGCGGUGACGUAGUACACUGGGAUGAUAUCGCAGGCUUAGAGGGGGCCAAAAAGGCCCUCAAAGAAGCAGUGGUCUACCCAUUCCUCCGUCCCGACCUCUUCUCGGGUCUUCGUGAGCCAGCUCGCGGAAUGCUCCUCUUCGGGCCCCCAGGCACAGGCAAAACUAUGCUCGCACGAGCAGUAGCCACAGAAUCAAAGUCCACCUUCUUCUCCGUCUCCGCAUCAAGCCUAACAUCUAAAUGGCAUGGUGAAAGCGAAAAGCUCGUGCGCGCUCUAUUCGGACUCGCCAAAGCCCUCGCUCCAUCCAUCAUCUUUGUCGACGAGAUCGACUCCCUCCUCUCUGCCCGAUCAUCUGGCUCCGAGCACGAAGCCUCCCGUCGUUCCAAAACCGAAUUCCUGGUCCAAUGGUCCGAUCUCCAGCGCGCAGCUGCAGGCCGCGAACAAACAAGUCGCGAGAAAAAGGAGGGCGACGCCAGCCGUGUCUUGGUCUUAGCUGCUACCAAUAUGCCCUGGGAUAUCGACGAAGCUGCACGCCGCCGUUUCGUCCGUCGCCAGUACAUUCCUCUGCCAGAACACCAUGUCCGCGAGCAACAGCUCCGCAGGCUUAUCAGUCACCAGCACCACCAGCUGAGCGAUGCUGAUAUCGAGGUCCUGGUUCGUGUCACAGAAGGCUUCUCCGGCUCGGAUAUAACAGCCCUCGCCAAAGACGCGGCCAUGGGUCCCCUGCGCAAUCUGGGCGAGGCCCUCCUCCACACCCCCAUGGACCAGAUCCGUGCCAUCAUCUUCCAGGACUUCGAAGCAAGUCUGUCUUCUAUUCGGCCCAGUGUAUCUCCCGACGGGCUUCGGAAAUAUGAGGAUUGGGCAAGAGAAUUUGGUGAGAGAGGUGGAUAG